UUUGUUCCCGGUCCUCCGCAGGAGGGCUGCGGGGCUGCGGAAGUUUGACGGUGCCGGGCCGGUGGCUGCUCCCGUGGCGCCGGGGUCCCCGCAGUCACCCCCGACCUCCCUCACCCGCAGUCGCCGCGGCGUAGCCGGAGGCCAGGCGAACCUGUGCGUGAGACCCUGGGCGGGAGCGGGAACCUCGCCGGUUCACCGACAUGGACCUGGAGGCCAAAGUGAAGAAGAUGGGCUUAGGUCAUGAGCAAGGAUUUGGAGCCCCCUGUUUAAAAUGCAAAGAAAAAUGUGAAGGAUUUGAACUGCACUUCUGGAGAAAAAUAUGUCGUAACUGCAAGUGUGGUGAAGAAGAACAUGAUGUCCUAUUGAGCAAUGAAGAGGAUCGAAAAGUGGGGAAACUUUUUGAAGACACCAAGUAUACCACCCUGAUUGCAAAGCUAAAAUCAGAUGGAAUUCCCAUGUAUAAACGCAAUGUUAUGAUACUGACUAAUCCAGUUGCUGCCAAGAAGAAUGUCUCUAUCAAUACAGUUACCUAUGAAUGGGCUCCUCCUGUUCAGAAUCAGGCAUUGGCCAGGCAGUACAUGCAGAUGCUGCCCAAGGAGAAGCAGCCAGUGGCGGGCUCAGAGGGGGCACAGUACCGGAAGAAGCAGCUGGCAAAGCAGCUCCCUGCACACGACCAGGACCCUUCAAAGUGCCAUGAGUUGUCUCCCAAAGAGGUGAAGGAGAUGGAGCAGUUUGUGAAGAAAUACAAGAGCGAGGCUCUGGGAGUAGGAGAUGUCAAACUUCCCCGUGAGAUGGAUGCUCAAGACUCCAACAGGAUGUACAUCCCUGGCGGAGGCAGAAGCACCAUGGCAUCAGUGGGGACCAUGGAGGACAAAUCGGCAGAACAUGGAAGAACUCAGUAUUCCUGCUACUGCUGCAAACUGAGUAUGAAGGAAGGUGACCCAGCCAUCUAUGCUGAAAGGGCUGGUUACGAUAAACUGUGGCACCCAGCUUGUUUUGUCUGCAGUACCUGCCAUGAACUCCUGGUCGACAUGAUUUAUUUCUGGAAGAAUGGGAAGCUAUACUGUGGCAGACAUUACUGUGACAGUGAGAAACCCCGAUGUGCUGGCUGUGAUGAGCUGAUAUUUAGCAAUGAGUAUACCCAGGCAGAAAACCAAAAUUGGCAUCUGAAACACUUCUGCUGCUUUGACUGUGACAACAUCCUCGCCGGGGAAAUAUACGUGAUGGUCAAUGACAAGCCCGUGUGCAAGCCUUGCUAUGUGAAGAACCAUGCUGUGGUAUGUCAAGGAUGCCACAAUGCCAUUGAUCCCGAAGUGCAGCGAGUGACCUAUAACAAUUUCAGCUGGCAUGCAUCCACAGAGUGCUUUCUGUGCUCCUGCUGCAGCAAGUGUCUCAUUGGGCAGAAGUUCAUGCCAGUGGAAGGGAUGGUUUUCUGCUCAGUGGAGUGUAAGAAGAUGAUGUAUUAAGAAGAGAGCACCAAGCAGUAUUGAGCCACAGCUAUCCCCAGUGGUCUGCAUUCCUACUGUAAGAUGCAAUUUAGAAAAAUAAAUGGGAAAAAAAAGAAACUUUAGAGGAAACUAGAAGAU